AUGAUUCCACGUACAAGCAUUGACGAAGCUAACCGUCAUCUCCAGCAACUGCACCAACGCGUUCACGAUCUUGAAAUAACAGUUCAGGACCAGCAUGAAACUUUACUAACGAAAGAUAAGCUUUUCCAGAACAGAAUCUCCGAAAUAUCGGUAGCUAAAGACAAAGAGAUUGAAGGCUUGGUUAAUAAGUUGCUUGCGUCUGAACGUACGGUUUCUGUGCUUCAAGAGGAGCUUGAAAGAAAAAAUCAUCAGAUAUUAGCGCUUCAACAUAGCCAUUCAAAACUAAGGAGGUUACUCAAUUUCAAAGAUGAUGUUAAGGAUUUGCUAAAAACAAUGGAAGAUGCUGAAGAAAAUUUAGCUCUGGACGAAGGAGAUACAGAUGGACUUCUCUCAUUUUAUCAACGAUCUAAUGAUGUUUCUUUAAACCUAAGUGGAAAAAAAUUGCGUAAAAAACGAUUUAUUCGUUCUGAAAGUCAUCCAGCUGUAGAAAAUAUUACAAGUGACAUUGAAGCUGCCCCAACUUUAGGAGGAAAGGAAUUUUAUUUGUAAAGAAUUCAUCCCAAACUAAACAGUAUUAUGAAUAUGAGUAGGCCUACUUUCUAUAGUCUAUGUAAUUAUAUGCCAUAAUUUAGGAAUUGGAAUUCAAUUUAAAAAUAGUAGCACU